AAUAAGUGUGUUGUAUAGAGAGCAUGGUUGCGGCUUAUUUCCGUUUCCUCUAAUAGUGUUUGUGUUUGGUUUUUAUCCAAGUCCUAAUGAUUUGAAUUGGCUUAAUUGUAGUUAAAUUUGGUUAUUUAUCUUUGUUAAUAUUGUUUGAUUCCAUUUUCAAAAGGUCCAUCUCGGGAUCGCAUUAGAUACAUCUAGAAUGCAAAUUUUCGUCAAAAAUGUCGUCGGUGAAACUUUGACUGUAAAUGUUGACUCAUCCGACUCUAUUCAGGAUUUAUUAGAAAAGCUUACACAAAUUGACGUUUCUUUCGAAGAAGAUGGUCGACUCAUUUUCGGUGGAAGUAUUUUAGAUGAAGAUCAGCUAAUUUCUGAAUUAACCCUUGAAGAGGGUUCAACUGUAAACUUUGUGGUCGGUCUCCCGGGAGGUGCCAAGAAAAGGAAAAAGAAGAAUUACACCACACCAAAAAAGAAUAAGCAUAAGAAAAAGAAGGUUAAAUUAGCUGUCCUUAGAUAUUAUAAGGUCGACGAAAAUGGUAAAAUUACUAGGUUACGACGUGAGUGUACUAAUGAGGAAUGUGGAGCUGGUGUUUUCAUGGCUAAUCAUUUCGAUCGUCAAUAUUGCGGAAAAUGUGGUCUAACAUUUGUUUUUGAUAAACCUGAAGAAACCAAAUAAAUGGACACUAUAUAAUUUAAUAAAGAUCCAUUUAUAGAUUAA